AUGGACGAUAGGGACUAUGACUUUCAGCUUUCAACCCUUGUUUACUCCAAAGUUCCACCAUAUAUGAUACGCUCGUCCUCAAUUCAGAUUAAAAAGAAGGCCAUAAUGGUUAACCCGAUUGCAAUAUUUGGGGAAUCAACGGAAAACGUAUUCAACGAAAACUACUUUGUAGUUUUUGAUGAAGCAAAGUUACCGUCGGCUGGUUGGGCUUCAUCUUCUGAAUGGACAGAUCGUCUAAACAAAUCCUUCUACGUUGGUGAAUAUCUUUUUGGAAUCAAAAGCUGGCAAAUUACAAACACCGCAGCGUUACAGACAACUUUUGAUAUAUCUAAAAACCUGAAACCUGUUUUAGUGUCAGUGAUUCCUGUCACGGUUCGGAUGUCCAAUGAAGAGCCAUCUUUGGAUGAGUUAUCAGACGCAUUCAAAGCAGCAAACUGGAAAAUCUCGAAAGAUGGACAGGUAAAAGUGGGGAUGCGGGCCACACUCGACUUAAUCGAAGAAAAUUUGAUAUAUGGACGUGUUUUUGACGCGGAGUCCGGAAAAGUCCAAGAAGUUACCGCACAAUUUACAAUGAGAGGACUCUCACUGCAAUCAGCCGACCUUGAAGGUAUCAAAGUGGUGAAAUGUGAGGAACAUUUGAACGCUUACAGCCUUAAAGCGUCUUUCGAAUUCUUUAUACCAGUCGGAAGUCAAAGACUUCCCGCCAAGAACUUGCCCAAAGCUCAUUCGACGGAGUACGCCAACAUAAUUGAAUUUAGUGAAAUUUUUUUACGUGAAGACCUGUUACGUGAGCUUCAAUUGCAUACCGCAGUGCUAGCUGUGCAUGUCUCCGAUCUAGUGGUUUCUGACUCGCAUAUCAUGGCAUGUGGAAGCGUUAAUUUUAACACGAUUGAGCUACUAAACAUCCAGACCGAUUUGGAUCAAGAUGAUCUCGUUGGGAGUUUCAAUGACAAAUUUGAAGGGGAAAAGAUCCUGAAACUCCAG